UCAGACACAGCUUGCUUCAGCCUUCCUCAGUGUCAACAACUACGCUCUCGUUAUUCGACGUCGACCACGAUGGCGACGUCCUUCGCUGCGUUCGCCUCGCAAAUAAUCAAUAGACCACAGAACUGGCGAAACCAUGGAUCUCGUGCCGGAUACGAUCCCGACGCCGACCUAAAUGACCUCGAUGAUCCUCACCUGCGAGAGAGCCAUACUGAGAAGCGGUAAUCUGAGUGGAAAUAUGCCGGAAAUCGAGGAUGAGGAUGAUGAGGACCCGUAUCUUCGACUUGACGAGGAGGAGCAGGCAAUGUAUUCGAGACAUGACUCCAGACACCGUGAUCCACAGUCACGACCACUCAUUUCCCCGGAUCGUCUAUCAGACCGGUCAGACUCGCCCCAGGGUUGGCUGGCGCAUCAGGCGUCUCCGUUGAGGGAUCCUUCGCCUUCAUCAUCAUCGGACUCGACAGACUUGGAGCCACCGGCAGAGUUUCUCGCUGCUACUUCGAAGAGUCGAUCCCAUCCACCGUCUUUCAUUCCUCCACCUCCUUCUACGGGCAGACAGCCGGUGUCACUAUCACUCACUGAUUCACUACUACCCCGCGAUGGUACGGUUCGACCACUGGAUGUCUUCUCACUCCCAGAUCCCCGGCAUGUUCCUAGAGGACGGCGGAAGUUCAAUGAUUUUGUAUGGACAGCUCUGUGGUGUACAGGGAUCUCGCUAUGUUUCUUGUUCUCUAUCAUAAUGCUGUUUACGACUCCCACGUCCGACCGGAAACCUGGGGUGACACUACCAUAUACCACCCUUCUGCACACUGUACCCCUCAUCACCAUCCUCACCUUUGUGAGUGCAUUCGUGGCGUAUACCCAUGUGCUCCUUUUGCGGAUAUUCGUACGGCCUGUGAUGAUCAUAACGUCCGUGUUUAUCCCCGCGACGUUGUUCAUAUCUGCAAUUUGGGCCUUUGUAGGAAGUUUUAUGUGGGAUGGGGACACUGAGCCAACAUGGGGUGAAACUACAGGGCUUCGCUUGUUCUCUCUUAUUCCCUUGGCUCUGUCUAUUCUUACCGCUCGAAGACUUCUCAGUCUUCCUAGGGAUAUACAUUCCACGUCCUCGACAUUAACGUUGUCUACCCAGCUCCUAAUGGCCAAUCCUUUCCUUCUCGCGCUUUCCCCGACCAUCCUUCUCGCCACCCUCCUUGCAUCAAUACCGUUCGUUACGCUUAUAUUCCGUCUACUCCUAAUAGGGUAUUUUACAUCCCCCUAUGAAGGAAGCUCCUCUUGGGAAUGGCACGUUAGGGGUUGGGCCAACUGGUCUAUUACUGCAACUGUCGGUGUCUGGUUAUGGACAUGGGGAGUCGCGCGUGGGGUAUUGCGAAUGACAUGCGCAAGCGUGAUUGGCGCGUGGUAUUUUGCCAAUCCCGACGCUCUCCCGCCGCCCCCAAUGUCAACACACACGAUUCACGCCGCUUUGACGCGUUCUACUGGGCCUUCUCUAGGCACAGUUGUUCUUUCGGCCCUGAUUUUAACAGCUAUCAGACUUUUGACGCUUUUAACGGUCUUCUUUGAACGGUUGCCUCUGUAUAUGCCCGCUCGGGCGCUGUUUCUUGUUACUGGGAUCCGAGUAGUUGUUGGCUUCUUGGAGGGUAUCACCACAGCAUUGAGCAAGUACGCGCUGGUGUAUGUGGGCAUUACCGGCGAUCCGUUUAUGCCGAGCGCGCGCAGAGCGAGAGCCUUAACAAAUAAAGUUGGCAAGCGCGGUUUUAGUGCCGAACCUCCAUUGACAUUAUUGACGGUGGCGCCAUUGACAUUAACUUUUCCAUUCGCCCUUUCAACGUAUUUGUUUGUCGCACAUACCUUGAAUGCUCCGGACCAAGCAUUGGGCGCUGCAUUGUUAGCCGGUGGUGUCACUGCUCUCGUUGGACUCUUCUGUGUAGGAUUGGUGAAAGACACUGCGGACACGCUAUACAUGUGUUAUUGUAUUGAUAAGGAUCUUGGCGAAAGAAAGCGGGAGGAAGUUUUCCAAGCUUUUGAGUAUGGAUACCCGUCGCAGGCAAUACACCGACCUUCCGCACAAACUACCCCUUCACGACCGCAACACCAAGCAACUACACCCAGCCGUUCCACUAAUGAUGUGUACCCUGAACACUGGCAACAGCCGUCGCCUCCACCUCCACCAGUGUCCCGUCAAAGCCCACCGCCACCACCGCCUGCUCAACAAAGCAUACCCGAACCUGUGGAAGAAGACGUUGACCCAUUCCAGCAAAGUUAUCUGCAAGAUGAUUCACGACUUCUUCCCCAGCCAAGGCCAAGCAGCCAAGCGGCACAGAAUUAUAAGCACGACAGCGACAGUGAGGAAGAGGGCGAUGGAUCACAGUUUUUCCCCGGAUCAGGAUUUUUCUAGAUAAUCGACGAUUUAUGAUUAGAUUUGAUCGUUCAUAUUAUUUCUCUGGUCAUUUUCAUGUGUAACCCAUAGUAUAAUCUCAUGACCCUGUAGCUACAGUACAUAUAACAGAUGUCUUGUUUAAGUUUCCUUCGUUUAUCUUGGGCCACAUUGUUCUCCGAGCGUCCGUUUUUGGACCACGGGAGUCUUUACUCGAAAUGGCAAUCACCUCCCCAGCUGGUUUUCCAGUUUUUUGAGCAGCUGAUUUAUUUUUGGCUGUAGUAUCCGUAUCUUUCGUACAGGGAUCUGCAAUGAAAGCCUACAC